AUGGCGACCGGCGUCGACGCAAAGCUCCUGAAGUCCACCAAAUUCCCUCCAGAAUUCAAUCAAAAGGUUGACAUGCAAAAAGUCAACCUUCAGGUGAUGAAAAAGUGGAUAGCCAGCAAAAUUUCUGACAUUCUGGGAAGCGAAGAUGACGUUGUCAUCGAGCUUUGUUUCAACCUGAUCGAAGGGCCCCGAUUUCCAGACAUCAAAGCUUUACAAAUACAACUUACGGGCUUCUUGGAUAAGGACACGGCCCCAUUCUGCAGGGAACUAUGGAAAUUGUUCUUGAGUGCUCAAACAAGCCCUCAGGGUGUGCCCAAAGAACUUCUCGAGGCCAAGAAGCUAGAGUUAAUUCAAGAAAAAGUACGUAUCAGCUUCACCCAAAGACAAUUACAUUCACUAACAUAG